AUGCCCAUAGACGAGGCGCUCCGCAUGGAGUUAGAGGAGAUCGACGACGGAUCACAGGAGUGGAAGAAGACGGAGGCUGGUAGAGCAUGGGUUUCUUGCAGAAAAAAGAUCAUUAUGAGAAGGUGGAUGGGGGAGAGCAUUGGUAUUCUGGUACCGCAUACAGAUGAGUAUGCCGAAGCGGACGUCAGUAUCGCCAAAUGGGCCAAUUGGAACCCGACCAAGCCGCCUAAACGGAUUGCAGCUGGAGAGAGGCCGCUGUACAGGGAAGCAUCUAUAUCGGGCGGCGAAGAGCCAGAUGCUAUCUUCGAGUCGGAUCAGUCGAGCGACGUGGACUCAUGCAUGCAUGAGUGGGAUGACGGCAUCACUCUCCCGUCUAUCGGCUCGGACGAGGAGCAUGACCCCGAGACCAUCGCUGAUUACAACGAUGAUUUGAGCGGUCAGGGUAGCUACGCCCAGAUCUACAGAGAUAACCUCGCGGACGAGAUACCCAGCGUCAUGGGCAAUGUUGCCAUUGUCUCUGACGACGACAUGGACGGCGACAUAGACGACAUCAUGAACGACGAUAUGGACGACACAAAGUCCGACGAAAGCUUUGUGGCAGGCAUAGACUCUGGCUCUGAAACUUCCUCUAAUGAUGAACAAGACGAAGAAAAGAUCGCCAACGAGGAAGUCGAAGAUGUUUGGCAGGGAAACGCAAAGUUCAGAGAGUACCUCGCCAGGGUCGCAAAGCGACAGAAAAGAAAUCAUGAUCAGAGAGAGGCUCAAGGACAGUCUUAG